CUGUCGAACAAAUCAUAUGCUGCGUUAGAUCCAGAAAUGUAGACUAACAAAGAGUACUGAAGAGUUUGACGAUACGGAAGCAAGGUUCUCUAUAUGAGUUCGAAGUGCCUUGAGCUGGCAAAUGAAACUGUCCUUAGUGUAGCCUAGCUUUUGCUCUGCUCCUCAUCUUCUUAGGAUUCCAAGGGCUUCAUCUUCUUGAACUCCUAAGGGCUAGAUGCUUCAGAGUUGCCUUUGCUGCUUCUCACUUGGCGAACAGGAGGCCUCACGGAGAUCGAGUGAGAGCCAUGGCCAUCCUUGGCGAACCUAUAGGUUGAGGGAGCUGAUCCAUGCCACGGAGAACUUUCACCAAGGGAACAAGCUCGGAGAAGGCGGCUUUGGUGCUGUCUACUGGGGUAGAACUAGCAAAGGAGUAGAGAUUGCCGUGAAGCGGCUCAAAGCCAUGACAGCCAAGGCGGAGAUGGAAUUCGCCAUCGAAGUCGAGAUUCUUGCAAGGGUGAGGCACGAGAAUCUUUUGAGCCUUAGAGGAUUCUCUGCAGGCAGAAAGGAGAGGCUGAUCGUCUACGACUACAUGCCAAACAACAGCCUCCACUGCCAUCUCCAUGGCCGUCGUUCUCCCGAAGUGCUGCUUGAUUGGCGGACGAGGAUGCGGAUCGCCAUCGGAGCCGCCGAAGGACUAGCGUACUUGCACCACGAGGCAAGCCCUCAUAUCAUACACAGGGACAUCAAGGCCAGCAACGUGCUCCUCGACGCAGACUUCUGCCCCAAGGUGGCCGAUUUCGGGUUCGCGAAGCUGAUACCGGAGGGAGUGAGCCACAUGACGACGAGGGUGAAGGGAACCCUAGGCUACCUUGCACCGGAGUACGCCAUGCUUGGGAAGGUCUCCGAGAGCUGCGACGUGUACAGCUUCGGCAUCCUAUUGCUCGAGAUCGUGAGCGCGAGGAAGCCCAUCGAGAAGCUGUCCGGCGGCGUCAUGCGCGACAUCGUGCAGUGGGCAUCGCCCCUGGCGGCGAACGGUGCAUGGGACCGCAUUGCAGAUCCUCGGCUCGGCGGAAGGUUCAAGCAAGACGAGCUACAGGACGCGGUGGUUAUCGCCUUGCGGUGCGCCGAUAUCAACCCCGAUAACCGACCGACGAUGAAGGAAGUGGUGGCGCUUCUGAAAGGUCGGUGAUGAUGGAGAUAGGCAUGGGAAAUGCUCGAGAGGAAAACCUCGAGAAUGGGGUAAUGGAUGAGCUCCUCUUGCUGGUCCCUGCGUCUGUGGAUUGCAGGACACUGAUGAUGAUCGAGUUCGAUACACAAUUGAAAUCAUGUAACAAAUACGAUGAUUGAAGGAAAAACUCUUCAAUGAUCGAUAUUGGCUGAGUCGAUGUUAGAGGAUUCAAUGCAACACUUUUCUA